AUGCCCUUCGAGGACCUCCUCCCCUUCCUUGAGGAGGAAAUCAAAGACGCAGACGAAGUGCUGUGGAAAGUCGCCCCCCUCUUCGCCGAGUGGCUGUCGUCGCCGACAAACCCCCUCUUCACGAGCGGCAUCCUCGCGCCGUCGUCCACCGUCCUCGAGCUGGGAUGCGGCAUCUCGCCGCUCAACGCGCUUGCCGUGGCGCCGAGAAUAUCGCGCUACGUCCUGUCUGACCAGGGCUAUGUGCAGAAACUCGUGGAGCAGAACUUGUCUGCGAAUCGGGCGCCCGCGGGAAGGUCGAGAUCCAGGGCUAAAUCUGUGCAGGCGGAGGGGGAUGUGCACUUUCGGCCGCUGGACUGGGAGCAGGACGAGGUGACGCCGGGGCUUGCGGCGCCGGGUUCGUCGUUUGAUGUGGUGCUCGCGGCGGACUGUGUGUACAAUUAUGCGCUGGCGGGGCCGUUUGUGCAGACGUGCGUGGAUGUAUGUGCCCUGAGGGGGAGGGAGGUCGAUGACGGCGGGGACGGGGCGGCGUGUGUGUGCGUUGUUGCGCAGCAGCUGAGGAAUGACGAGGUUUUUAGACUGUGGUUGAGUGCGUUUAUGGACGGGUUUCGUGUUUGGAGGGUGAAGGGGGAGUUGUUGGGCGGGUUGGGGAGGGAUGGGUUUGUUGUGCAUGUUGGAGUUUUGAGGGACGCGACGUGA